CUUUAUUGUUGGUCGUGAGGGUAGUGGUACUAGAGGAGACGGAGACCUUGUUGGAGAAGAUGUUAAUACUGCGGGCGAGUCCGUUCUCGUCAAGAGUCAUGCGACGAGUAGUGGCGAUGGUCGUGCAUCUAGGGAGGUAGAAGCGUCUGUUGACAGUGAGGAUGAAGAAGAGGGUCUUGAACAAGUAAAAGUAACAGAACAAGUACGAACAGUUGCUAAUGCAUCAGGAAAAAAACCAGUUGCUACCAGUACAACAGCCACAUCGGGAGCAUCGACAGCC